GCGGGCGGCCCGGCCCUCUCUCCUCCCGCCUCCCCGCCGCGGGCCGGGUGGGUGCCGGGGGGUGGGAGCGUAACCCCUUCCCGUCCGCAGGGUCUUCCGUGCGGCGAAACCGCCCUCCGGUGGCGGCGGCGGUGCGGGGAGAGCUUGCGCGGCGCCGGGCGGGCCCGCCGCGGCCAGCCGGAUCCCCGGAGCAGCAGCAGCCUCGCCAGGUCCAACGAUGACAGUUGGCUUGCAAGGCAGCGAGUUUAUGCAGAAGACUUAUUCUAGUAUUUAAUGCUACAGAUGCCUGAAGUCUCAUGAAAAGAAAAAGCAGGUUUUGCGAUGACUGGCAAAGUUCGUUUAUGGGAUUGGAAAUAACUGUGAUAUCAAGCAUCCGUCUGGAUGCAGAGGUCUUUUCACAGAGGAUAUUCAGCAUUGGUAAACGGAUUUGCGGAUUUACAUGGGGUAAAAAUGGAGGCAGAAAUAAACUUCUGAAAUUGAAUCUCGGUCCAGGAACGAUGGCUUCUCAGCUGUAUACACAUGCUUUCAAUAUCUCCCCAAUAGAGGAUAGGAGAUUGUGCAUAAAUGGAACACCAUGGAUUUGGCAUCUCCUAGAAGAAUGUGUCGAGAAUGCGUGGGAGUAUUGGAGCGUUGUCAUAGGACUGAUUUCCAUUGUCUGUUUUCUGUUUGCUGCACUACCUCAAAUUUACGUUGCCUGUCAGAAUGGAAGAGUGGAUCAAGCGCUGUCUUUGGGCUUUCUGCUGGGAUGGAUAGCUGGAGAUCUUACAAAUUUCAUAGGCUGCUAUUUAACAAAUCAACUGCCAAUUCAGAUUGUCACUGCCAUUUUUUAUGUUAACAUGGAUAUAAUUAUGAUUUCACAAUUUGUCUACUAUAAGCUCAAGAAUCAGAAGACGACAAAAUGCAGCAAAAGCCUGAAGAGUUUCUGUAUAACCUGGAUCGUGGUGUGUAUAGCACUGUGUGUUACCUUACUCUGUCAGCUGCUACUAAGAAACAAAGACCAGAGUACAGUAAUUGAAAGAAGUAAUACCUCUCUUGAUAUGAUUGAAAUGUCAGGCUUCAUUUGUGGUUAUAUAUCCUGUGUGUUUUACUUGGGAAGUAGAUUUCCGCAGCUGUAUAAAAAUUUCCAAAGAAGAUCAACAGAAGGCACCUCUUACCUGCUGUUUGCAUUAGCCAUGGUGGGAAACUGUACCUAUGGACUGAGCCUUGUUUUAAAGAUGCCAGCUACUGAAUCCUUCCGGGCACUCUACUUCUUACACCAUCUUCCAUGGCUCAUUGGGAGCUUUGGAGUUUUGUUUCUAGACAUUUUUGUAUCCUUUUCCUGUUACAGCUGGAGUUUCUCAGAAUAGUCUUGUUACACUAAUGUAGAUGAGCAGCUGAAUUCCCUCCUCUUGCUGGAGGUGGAUUGGGUCCUGCCAAGUGGUGGCUACAGUGAGCUGGUGGAUUAGGUGCUGGUGGCACAGCGUGCGGCGGAAGGACAGACCCGUUCCGGCGGCUCCGAAGGGGGGUCCGGGUGGCUUACGGUCCUGCCGCCCGCUGAAAGCGCUGCUCGGUAACCCCCGUCAGUGGUGGUGGUGGUUUAGGCAGUGCUGCAGUAGCUGAGAAAAAGGGCUUUGCUAAGACAUCGUGUGAAAAGCCAAGUACUUCUGAAACGUUUUACAGCUCUGCGAGAUGCUGAGGGUUUGUGCGGGAUCUACCUGGUGAACUCGGUUACUUUAUUAGUCUCAGCGUGUACUUAGGCGAACGUGUUUUCCCUGGUUUCUGAAGGGAGGAGAGGGUAUUAGAAAUUAACCUUUUCAGUACAUAAAUUAAAAUGCAAUUUGUCGUACUUGCAGAUUUAUACUCUGUACACAGGAGUUUAUCAAACUCUUGCCUGGCUGGUGAUUGAAACCAUGACUGGUUACUCUUUAAUGCAAUUAAAAUUUGUUCUUACAUCAUUUCUUCAAAGAUUAUUUCCCCUUUUAUUGCUAUACGUAAUCCUAUUUUGGGAUGGCUUUUUAUCCCCAUUUCAUGCUGCAGUUUAUUAGAACAGCCAAAUAAGAGGUAUAUAAAGUACUGUGAUUUAAUUUGAGGCUCUUAAUGGAAAAUAAUGUAACUUUUAAAAUGUGAAGCAAUGACAUUUAUUAAUAGUUCAUAUAUAUGUAAUACUUAGUAUAUGGGUUAAGUGAAUACUUACACUUGAGACAAAGUUAUUUCCAAUUAGCUAUUGCACUGCAAAAGCUGAUCAAAUGCGCGUGCUUGUCCUUGCUGUUCCUUUUGCCUAUUAGGAUGUAAGGUCUUUGCCAUCCCCUUGCUCAGCCCAUGAUUACUUUCUCAGGAGCAGACCCUGCCAUGUCAGGAGGAGAAGGUAGAGCCGUGCCCAAAUAUACCAGGUCAGAGACUAAAGGGCAGAUCCUGAUCACCUCUUCGUUAAUCUCAGAGAGGGAAAAUGCAGCAUGUGGCUUCUAUCACAGCUACUUUGUUGGAAAGCAAAGUGUCUUAAUCUUACUUUAUGCUACUAAUUCUUCCCUCGUGCUGCAUGUAAUCCAAGAUUAACGACAUUGUUUUCUAAUUUUAUUUUUUUAACUAUCAUGGAAAUCUCAUUAACUAAAGGAAACAUCUGAAAUGUCUUCAGGGCUUUGUUUUUAUACAGAUUAAUAAAAUAAUUUAGCUAACA